AUGACAUUCUAUGAUUUACAUUACACGCCCAGUGUCCAGACAACAUUAACAGCAACUAUAUCCACUGUCCAGAAAACAUUAUCUGCAAUCAAGCGAACAGUCCAGACAGCAUUAUCUACUACAAGGUCCAGUUCCCAGACAACUUCAUUCACAAGUCUUAAUGUCCAUACAAAACCCACUACCAAAUCCAGACUCCAGACAAUAUUGGCCACUACCAAAUCAAGUCUCCAGACAACAUCACCCUCUACCAAAUCCAAACUCCAGACAACAUCACCCACUACCAAAUCCAAACUCCAGACAACAUCACCCACUACCAAAUCAAGUCUCCACACAACAUCACCCACUACCAAAUCAAGUCUCCAGACAACAUCACCCACUACCAAAUCCAGACUCCAGACAACAUCACCCACUACCAAAUCCAGACUCCAGACAACAUCACCCACUACCGAAUCCAGUUUUCAGAAAACAUUGGCCACUACCAAAUCCAGUCUCCAGACAAUAUUGCCCACUACCAUAUCCAGACUCCAGACAAAAUCACCCACUACCAAAUCCAGUCUCCAGACAACAUCAACCACUACCAAAUCUAGUCGACUCCAGACAACAUUGCUCACUACCAAAUUCAGACUCCAGACAAUAUCACCCACUACCAAAUCGAAACUCCAGAAAACAUUGCCCACUACCGAAUCCAGUCUCCAGACAACAUCAACCACUACCAAAUCCAGACUCCAGAAAACAUUGUCCACUACCGAAUCCAGUCUCCAGACAACAUCAACCACUACCAAAUCUAGUCGCCAGACAAAAACAACCACUACCAAAUCAAAUCUGCAGACAACAUCACCCACUACUAAAUCCAGACUCCAGACAACAUUGCUCAUUACCAAAUCCAGACUCCAGACAACAUCACCCACUACCAAACCAAGUCUCCAGACAACAUCACCCACUACCAAAUCAAGUUUCCAGACAACAUCACCCACCACCAAAUCCAGACUCCAGAAAACAUUGCUCACUACCGAAUCUAGUUUCCAGAAAACAUUUGCCACUACCAAAUCCAGUCUCCUGUCAACAUUGCCCACUACCAUAUUCAGACUCCAGACAACAUCACCCACUACCAAAUCAAAACUCCAGAAAACAUUGCCCACGACCGAAUCCAGUCUCCAGACAACAUCAACCACUACCAAAUCUAGUCGCCAGACAAAACCAACCACUACCAAAUCAAGUUUCCAGACAACAUCACCCACUACCAAAUCCAGACUCCAGACCACAUUGCUCACUACCAAAUCCAAACUCCAGACAACAUCACCCACUACCAAACCAAGUCUCCAGACAACAUCACCCACUACCAACUCAAGUUUCCAGACAACAUCACCCUCUUCCAAAUCUCGUCUCCAGACAACAUCAACCACUACCAAAUCCAGAUUUCAGAAAACAUUGCUUACUACCGAAUCCAGUUUCCAGAAAACAUUUGCCAAUACCGAAUCCAGUCUCCAGUCAACAUUGCGAACUACCAUAUCCAGACUCCAGACAACAUCACCCACUACCAAAUCCAGACUCCAGACAACAUUGCUCACUACCAAAUCCAGACUCCAGACAACAUCACCCACUACCAAAUCGAAACUCCAGUCAACAUUGCCAACUACCAAAUCCAGACUCCAGUCAACAUUGCUCACUACCAAAUCCAGUCUCCAGACAACAUCACCCACUACCGAAUCCAGACUCCAGACAACAUCACCCACUACCAAAUCCAGACUCCAGACAAUAUUGCUCACUACCAAAUCCAGACUCCAGACAACAUCACCCACUACCAAAACAAGUCUCCAGACAACAUCACCCACUAUCAAAUCAAGUUUUCAGACAACAUCACCCUCUACGAAAUCUAGUCUCCAGACAACAUCAACCACUACCAAAUCCAGACUCCAGAAAACAUUGCCCACUACCGAAUCCAGUUUCCAGAAAACAUUUGCCACUACAAAAUCCAGUCUCCAGUCAACAUUACCCACUACCAUAUCCAGACUCCAGACAACAUCACCCACUACCAAAUCCAAACUCCUGACAACAUCACCCACUACCAAAUCCAAACUCCAGACAACAUCACCCACGACCAAAUCAAGUCUCCACACAACAUCACCCACUACCAAAUCAAGUCUCCAGACAACAUCACCCUCUACCAAAUCUAGUCUCCAGACAACAUCAUGCACUACCAAAUCCAGACUCCAGAAAAUAUUUCCCACUACCGAAUCCAGACUCCAGACAACAUCACCCACUACCAAAUCCAGACUCCAGACAACAUUGCUCACUACCAAAUCCAGACUCCAGACAACAUCACCCACUACUAAAACAAGUCUCCAGACAACAUCACCCACUACCAAAUCAAGUCUCCAGACAACAUCACCCACUACCAAAUCCAGACUCCAGACAACAUCACCCACUACCAAAUCCAGACUCCAGACAACAUCACCCACUACCAAAUCCAGACUCCAGAAAACAUUGGCCACUACCAAAUCCAGUCUCCAGACAACAUCACCCACUACCAAAUCCAAUCUCCAGACAAAAUCACCCACUACCAAAUCCAAUCUCCAGACAAAAUCACCCACUACCAAAUCCAGUCUCCAGACAACAUCAACCACUACCAAAUCUAGUCGCCAGACAAAAACAACCACUACCAAAUCAAAUCUGCAGACAACAUCACCCACUACCAAAUCUAGACUCCAGACAACAUUGCUCACUAACAAAUCAAGUUUCCAGACAACAUCACCCACUACCAAACCAAGUCUCCAAACAACAUCACCCACUACCAAAUCAAGUCUCCACACAACAUCACCCACUACCAAAUCCAGACUCCAGAAAACAUUGCCCACUACCGAAUCCAGUUUCCAGAAAACAUUUGCCACUACCAAAUCCAGUCUCCAGUCAACAUUGCCCACUACCAUAUCCAGACUCCAGACAACACCACCCACUACCAAAUCCAGUCUCCAGACAACAUCAACCACUACCAAAUCUAGUCGCCAGACAAAAACAACCACUACCAAAUCAAAUCUGCAGACAACAUCACCCACUACCAAAUCCAGACUCCAGAUAACAUUGCUCACUACCAAAUCCAGACUGCAGACAACAUCACCCACUACCAAAUCCAGAUUCCAGACAACAUUGCUCACUACCAAAUCCAGUCUCCAGACAACAUCACCCACUACCAAAUCCAGACUCCAGAAAACAUUGCCCACUACCGAAUCCAGUCUCCAGACAACAUCAACCACUACCAAAUCUAGUCGCCAGACAAAAUCAACCACUACCAAAUCAAAUCUGCAGACAACAUUGCUCACUACCAAAUCCAGACUCCAGACAACAUCACCCACUACCAAAUCAAGUUUCCAGACAACAUCACCCAAUACCAAAUCAAAUCUCCAGACAACAUCACCCACUACCGAAUCCAGACUCCAGAUAACAUUGCUCACUACCAAAUCCAGUCUCCAGACAACAUCACCCACUACCAAAUCCAGACUCAAGAAAACAUUGCCCACUACCGAAUCCAGUUUCAAGAAAACAUUUGCCACUACCAAAUCCAGUCUCCAGACAACAUCCACUACCAAAUCCAGUCUCCAGACAACACUAUCCACUGCAAGAGCCGGCGUCCAGACAGCUACACCCCAAAAAACCCAGGAACUAACUACAUCCAAUAGACGAGGUGAGUAA